AGAAGGGGGGGGGUCUGGGCACCAGUUCGCUCGGACGAGAACGCGGACAGGAGCGCGGACCGCUCUCCGCCCAUUGGCGCGAUCGGCACCCGGAGCGGAGCCACGCCCAGGCGGCCCUGGGCCUUUUUUCGGCCCCCGCAGCCGGGGCCCCCCAUCGCGCCCGAGCCGUCGGUAUCUCCCUCCACCUCCAUCUCGCCUGCUCUCUUCCUCCCUCUGUGUCUCGCCGAAUCUCCCCCCCCCCCCCCCCCCCCCCCCCCCCGACCCCCCCCCCCCCCCCCUCCCCCCCUCCCCCCCCCCCCCCACCCCCCCCCCGCCAUGAGCUGUCGCUCCUCCAGUGGGGUGACCACCCACUUGAUCAGUGACCUGCACUCGCGGCUGCAACUGGUCGAGCAGGAGUGCAUCGCCCCGGCCGGCGGGUGCCUCGCACAGGCGGCCCUGCUGAGCCACGAGGGCACGGUCCUCUGGGCCUCGCCGCUGGCCCAGCACAUGCAGGCCUCGCCCUCGCCACCGGGCUCGGCCUCCGGGCACCAGCCCCCGGGGGUGGCCUCCACGAGGCUCUCCUCGCUGACCCAGCCGGGCAUCCUCUUUCCCCAGUACCCGGGGCUGUGUCCGGAUGGGGGCCCGGCGGCCGGGGCGCCCCCGCCGGGCGCGAGCGCCGUCUGCCCGGGCCCCACCGACCCGGCGGCCGGGCCCCCCGCCUCGGGGCCCCACCCACCGGGGCCCGGGCGGCCGAAGUCGGCUCCCGGCGGUCGAUCCUCCUCCCACCCGCCGGCCGGCGGGUCGCCGGGGAUGAGCGUGGCCUCGCCGCCGGCGCCGCCACCGCUCCCGCCCUCCGGCGGCCGGUCCCUUUCCAGCCCCGGGCCUGGGGCCGGGUCCACGUCGUCCCCCUUUUCCACCCUGUCGCGGGGGUUCAACCUCGGCGCGCGGCGGUCGAAGAAGAACAAGUCCACCGCCCUGGCCAUCGGCCAGCCCGGGCACGGCAAGCCCAACAAGGGGGGCAUCUCGCCGCCCCCGGCGGCCGUCGGCCCCGGGGGCCUGGCUCGGCUCGGCCUGUCGCCCGACGUGCCGGUGGACCCGGUGCAGGGAUGGUUCAUGCCUCUCAAUGCCGAGCUCGUGGUCCUCCUCCAUGGGAGCGUCAUCCAACUCGCCAAAUGCCUGGGCGCGCUGCAUGCGCCCUCGCUGCUGCUGUCCGGGCAUCGGCACAUCCUGAUCGGCUUCGACCUGUCCAUCGGGAUAUUGGUGCUGCUGGUGUCAUCCAGCGCGCACUCGCUCCAAUGCCCGGACGUGACCGACGAGGAUAUGUUCACCCUGGGCGCCUCGGUGUCCGGGUAUCUGGAUUCGAUUCGCAUCCUGCUGGAGGGCCUGACCCGGGUGCAUUAGGGGCCGCGAUCCAGGCCCCGGGCCGGGGCGCCCGCACGCCGUGGCGCCCACUCGGUGAUGAUGCGUUUCCAAAUAGACAGCCUCCCCAUGUGCC